GCCCCUAUUGGGCGGAUCCCGGUGUGCGCGGCGUAGGAUGGACGCUCUGAAAUCUGUCGGUAGGGCGAUCCUGAGGAGCCCGAGCAUCGCCCGCCACACCCGGCGGGUCACCGGACACCAGAAAUUGCCAGACAGUUGGCCGGAGUCACACGAUGCCCUCCUAGAAGGAGCCGUCUUUCAUCUCAAGUACCUGGGCAUGACGCUUGUAGAAAAACCUAAAGGCGAGGACAUGGCAGCCGCUGCUAUCCGUCGUAUUAUCACCAUGGCACGAGCCAGUUCAGAAAAGUUCAAGAAAGUGAUUCUGACGGUGACCCCGCAUGGACUUGACAUCCAGGAGGCGGGCGGCGGUGACAGGAUAGAAUACGUCUCUAUAUACAGAAUUUCAUACUGUACAACAGACAAAGUGCAGAAUAAAGUGUUUGCCUACGUGGCCCAGAACCAGUCCAAUGGGGCUCUUGAGUGCCACGCCUUUCUGUCCCCCAAGAAAAAGCUGGCUCAGACUGUGACACUGACUGUGGCCCGGGCAUUUAAGGUGGCUCUGGAUUUAUGGGAGGCCUCCAGGGAAGGGAAGGAGGAUUCACCCCCCCGACUGAGCCAGGGAGAAGAGUCUGCUGACCACCAGCCAGGUCCAGUCAGCCGGAUUUCCAGCACAUUCUUACCGUAUGCCAGUAGUAGUGGCCAGAUGAGCAGUGUGGAGUUACCAUGCCGGACCCUUCAGACGUUACAGAACGGGGAAGAAGAAGAUGAGGAUGAAGAGUACGAUGAUCUGGAUGAUGCCUUUACAAGCUGCUUUAUGGAUGAUGGAGCAGACAGAAUGGACUGGCAUAGUACGACAGGCAGCAUGUGGGAUCCGCAGAGGCUGUGACCUGAGCACUCCGGAAUGAUCACUGUGAUGUCACACUAAGGCACCCGUAAUCCUCCUAAUGUAGCAGAUUUUUGAGGGAAUUAAGUUCCUUGGCCACACAGUCACUGUUACUCCAUGGUAGGAGGCUGUCACCUUCAUUCAUGCUGCAAUCUGCACAUUAUCUUUUCAUGGCUGCUUUUAUCACAACGACAGUGAGCAUUGGUUCCAAAGUGAAAUGUUCCAUAAGUCAAACUUCCAGAGUCUCUAUUGGUAUGUGGUCACCACCCUAAUUUCCUACUAUCUUCACUAAUGCUGACAUCUCACUAGUUCCACCUAAGAGUAGUCCAACAAUACCAUCUCUACCACGUCCACGUACAAGAGGCUGUCCAGCCCAAAGUUCUGAUUUUUUUUUCUCUAAGCUUACAAGCUCUACUGACACUCGCUAAGACAACCACAACCCUUGGUCUAUCUUUAAAUGGAAAACUAUAAUGGUUUGGAGUCAAUUACAUUUUUUUAAGCCCAAUUGCACAUUUUUCUACCUUUUAAAAGGUAAAGUGGUCUGAGAUGACCCCCGCAAUGUCACCACUACUGUGCUCCAAUCAGCAAUGCUCAUGCUUGUUGCUGAGGGAAUGAGAGUCUUGUUGAUUGGAGCACAGUAGUUGUGACCGGGGGCAUCAGGUCAAUUGAGAUCCAGUCCAGUGCUCUCACUCCCAUACAGCAGUCUGGAUCUCCAGCAUAAGGAAAUACAAUAUAUACAGAACCACUACCUUCCCUUUAAAUCUCACUAUUGCCUCGUUUCCACUGAGCGGAUCGGUUCGGUACGGUUCGGUACGGUACGCUUUUUUGGGUGUUUC